GGCAUUCCUGUGUUCACAUUCCAUGGGGUGCUCUCCAGGUCUGGCAGGAAUAACUCAUGGAACGUCCACAUUUCUUCUCCCAGAAGCAAAUGCUGCUGCUCUCCUUCCUGCCUCACCUUUACCCGAUUCCUUCUGCAUUAGUGGGCUGAAUCUGAUUGCCUAAACCGAACCAUUAAAUGCCACAUGAGGUCCCCUCACGUAUUAUUCCUCUUUACCUGUGGGACGGUCACAAGUUUUCCUCUCUCUGUACUCAUACCUGGGAUUGCCCCACCCAAAUGCAACUCUCUGAGGUUCUGAGGUUCUGAGGACCCGCUUUCUCAUCCUGUCCAGGUCCCUGUGGAUGGCAACCCUCCCUUCUGUUGUGUCACCUGCAGCACUCAGCUUUGCUGUGGAUGCACUCGUCACUGAUAAAGAUGCUCAGGAUUACCAGGCCCAAGAUGCACCCCUGGGGAAGCACCACGUCUCACUGGCCUCCACCUGGACACGGAGCCGUUGACCACAGCCCUCUGGCUGCAACCAAUCCAAACAAUUCCUUGUCCAUCCCUCUCCAUUUCAGAUGUGCUGCAGGACCACGUCAGAGGCCUUGCACAAAUCCAGGUAGAUGACAUCGCUUGCUUUCCCUUUGUCCACUGAUGCUGUCACUCCAUCACAGAAGGCCGUGGGAUUGGUCAGGCAUCACUCACUUGAAUAUCUCUUCAUGUGCUCUAACAUCUCUUCCAGGAGCAUCUGUUCCAUGAUAUCCCAGGCCCAGAGGUGCAGCUUAUCGUCCUGUAGUUCCCCAAGUCUUCCUUUCUCCCUUCCUGAAAGCAGAGUGACGUUUCCCUUUUUCCAGUCGCCACCUGGGCAGCCACAGCUUUUCAAAUACGAUGGAGAGUGGCUCAGCCCCCGCAUCACCCCGCUCCUCCAGAACCCUGGGAUGCCCAUCAUUCAGCCUCGUGAGGCAGCCUGUGUGCUUACAGAGGGGGGUGUUUCACCCCUGUGACCCCUGCCCAGAGUUUCAAGGAGCAGGAGAGGUGUAGGAGCCUGGUGAAGACCGAGGCAAUGAGCUCACUGUCUAUUUCAGCCUCCUCCAUGUCUGCUUUAGUCACUUCUCACCUAUCAGAGAGGUACAUGAGAAGGAGCAAUCAAGCCCUCUGUGAACUGUGACUGUAUUAAUUGUUGUGGGGUGCUGUAAGAGACUGAGAAGCAAGAGGGCUGAUGUCCCAAAUGCUCCCUAGAAGCAUUGAGAGCUUCAAUGAGAGCCUGAAUUGAGAGCACAGCGCUAAGAAAAUAAGGAGCAGUCGGAGGAGAGGCCUAUUAAAAUGGAAGUAACAUCUCUCCAGUGCAUCUGGUCUCGUAAAACUAUCAAGAUCUGGGAGAGAGCGAGACCAACCUACAGCCCCUCCAACCCGCUGCUCUUGGGAAAAGCCAAACCCAACUCACGUUGGAGGGGGCACGACGACCGCCUGGACCCCAGACUCAUUUACAACCAGUGACAGAACUCCUCCUCGGGUCGUGACAGAGGAUUUCAGGAGACCGAGUGUCCCUGGUCUGCACCCCUUCUAUUUGUGGCCGUGGUUGCCAUCACCCACCUGGUGUUUUCCUCUUAAUCAGCACCCACCUGGUGUUCUAAUCUUUUCCAGGUCAAGGAAUUGUAAUGCUGAGGUUUAUUGUGGCUUAUACACCUGAAUGAGACAUAUGUCAAAGCAGCAGUUGAGCCUAUUUGUCACACAGCCCCCAUCCUACCCCCUCCUCUAACGAGAGGGAAAAUGCUGCUUGCUGUUACUCUGCCUUUUGUGUGAAUUCCUGUCCCAAGGGAGUGCUUAUAUUGACUGCAUGUUCUGGAAGGCCAAGUGGGGACAGGCCCAAAUCUUGCACAGUUGAUGAAACUGAGCAAUGAGCAAUUUGUAACGAGCUGGAGCCUCCACCCUCAUAUCCACCAACACCUCAUAAGCCUCUGCAGCUCCUGUUGGCAUCUAGGAGCUCCACUGAAACUCUGGUUUGGCCCGUGAAUCUAUGCUGUAAUGCAGGUUUGUUGGUCUCAAGCUCCACUACAGCCGUUCCUGUGCUUGACCACUGAUCCUCACAGUGUGAGAAACAGGUAGGAAAGCUCCCUGUCACUCCAAUCUCCUGCAGGAGCUCAUAAACAUGAAUCAGAUGUGAAAAAAAAGGACAGCAGAACCCUCCAAAUUCCUGGCGUGCCGUGAAGGGCUGUGUGUUACACUGGAGUGAGAAAAGAAACCAACCAACACAAUUUUAUUGAGUUUCAGACUGAACCAAGAGAACAAGGCUGCGUGCUGCUGCUUAAUGCCUAUUCCCCAGUUAUUCUCUUAUGAACAGUAACUCAAACAUGAUUUUUUCUUUUUGUUUUCCUCCAAGAAAGCAGCUUGCUGUCCCUUCCACAAAGCUGAUUCACCUGAGCGCACACGGGGCAUCUCAGUGUGCAUGGCCACAUUCUGGUGGCGACGUGGACACUGAGACUUGAUUUAUGCUUAGAAAGUCCUGUGUUUGUUAGGCAGAAGCUAACUGCUUGCAGCUGGGAGCCUGCUGAACCAGUGCAGUGUUCAGGAAGGAGCAGCUCAAACGUUCCUCCUGCUCUGCAAGACCUGGAGAUGUUUCUUCCAUCUUUGCUUUAUUCCUCCUUCAUGCAAAGGCAAAACUGGAGCUGUCAAGAUCAUCUAGGGAACAGUAUGAGGACUAACAGAUUUGGGUGUGAGUCUAACCAAUCUAGGACCAGAGUUUAGAGACAGGUUGUUCAUUUGGUGCUCAUUUAUUGUCAAUAUCUACCCGCCCCUUUGUAACCAGGAGUUACUUUGUGGAGCCCUUUUAAUUGACGUGCAUAAAAGCAGUGAUGAUGGAGGCACAUUUGAAAUGCUGAGCACGACGACCGGUUGAUUGCUGUGUCCCACUCUGUAACCUCACCCUCUAUGACCUCCUUUAUUUUUUCCCCAAUUGCUUUUAGACCCAAAACACCCCAGAACAUAUUAGGAACGUUCUCGAUACGGGGUUUCGCUUUCAUGUAAUUUCCUUUUGUGUUUCUUCAGCAUGUUCUCACAUUUAUUCCUCCAAUUUGUUCUCCAGCUCAUCUUUCUUGUGUUAUUCUUCAUUUAUACUGCAGAGUUAUUAGGGACAAAUUCAGCUCACCCCAUAAGCAAUUAUGGUGAAUGUAAGAAGCCCCAAAAGCUGGAAGAGCUCUUAAAAGCCCAGCACUAUUCAGCCACCUGUCCUUAUCAAUACAUUCCUCUCUCCUGCCACAGCUGGUGACAGCUAACAGUAAGAGGUGCAAGCAGUCACAGGUGAUAAGGAGUUUUCUCCCUCUUGAAAAAUGCUUUUUGUUUAACUGAUUUUCAUAAUAUUUGCAUUAAGAUCCAGGUGCAGCACACAUACAUAGAUUUAGCGAAUCAGCACGGUGCAAGAUGUUUGAAAAUCAUUUAUUUUUUUGGCCCAGGAAUGACGUGCGAGCUAGAAUCUCAUAGCAAUGUACAUUAAUUAAAGCCAGAAAUGCUUAAAAACGAGAGCUGGCAACGCAAAGUAGGAAACAACGCGGUAAUUCUUUAACCACAACUGUUGUGGAUGUUUGAGUUGAGACUGAUGUUUCUUUUCCUAGAAUUGUGGUGCUAAGCAGUAAGGGCAAUGCACCAUGAUCCUAUUUCCAGCAAGUUAUCAAUUCCCUUCACUUGACAUUCUGUUCAGUGCUCAGUCUUAAACAUUCACAGGCUUACCGGACUCAAACCCUCCUGCAUCCAAUGGGAAGAAAUGAGAACCUCCACGACCUGAGCAGUAGGUAAAAAAAGUAGAAAGUAGAUCAGUUAAGUGUCUGCAUUACCUGGAUGGACCUCAGAGAGAUGGAAUGUUUGCACCACGCGAGACAUCAGUUCCAAAGUCAAAGGAUACAAAGGAAAGAAGUGGGCAAAAAAAAUCCUUGCUGCUAACUGUGAAAUAAAUCGCUUUUUGUUUCUGAGUUCACACCCAAUCAAUGGAUCCUUGCUGAGAAAUGAUAAAGGAAGGGAGGUGAAAGAAAGGUGCCUGAUGUCCCUGUGAACUGGGGCAGCUGUGACUUCUAUGUCCCUGACAGGAUUAUUGGCUGCUACAACCAACAAGAACUUAAACACCCAUCCUGUGUCAGUGGGCAUCAUCACCACCAUCCUCUUUAAGCACUGAGCCAGUGCCACGUCUCCUUUUAUGCAGAGGCUGAGUCUGUGCUAUGAUUUUAUAUUCAGCUGAUGGACCAAAAUUCAACCCAAGCCGCAGAGUCCAUGCAGGGAACAGAAGAGCCUCAGCAACUGAGAAUUCUAGACACUGAAAGCCUUUUAGGUAAUGUAGGCAUGUCUACUGAAGAUCUCAAAAGACACAGCAACACGUGUAACCAUUAACAUCCCUUACCUCUGGACUCAGAUUGAUAAGGAGAUUAAUAAUUCAUCUUCUCGUGAGAUAAAGCACACUGAAUAUGGCAGCACUUCAGAGCGUGCUCUAAAGACUGGCUGCAAGCAAAUCACCGGGUGGUGGAUCUCUGCGUUAGCAGCAGGUACAGAAGGUCAAGAGCUUUUUUGAUAAACGAUCCCUGAGCUGCUUUUGGGUUUCAUUGUAGGUGUUUGGACCGCAGUCUGGCCAUGACACAAUCCAAACCUUUGCUUUUGCUCUCUGUUCAUCCACGCUGUGCAACAACUGCCCUGACCUGGGGGACCGAGAGCAGCAAAAUUCUGCCUGAAGAUUAAGGACACGCUCAAUGCUGCUAGCAGGCAACUUACAGCACCUUUCGUCAAAAGCCAGCUGGAAGAUGGAUCCAACACAAGGGGAAUCCUGCCCCACAGAUCUCAAGCCCUUCCCAAGCUGAGUGGAAACACUCGGCCUGUCUUCAUCGUCCAGCACAGAGCAAAGCAACCGCGGCAAGCAGCCGAUGUUCUUUGCAGCUCAUCAGCCCUCUGCGCUCACACACCUCCAUGCUUUUGGUCCCUCACACUGGAGAUGUGCAGCUUCGGCUCUUUUAAAUGCUGCUUCAAGCCCAGCUCCACGCAAGCAAAGCAUCACAGAGAAAUGCAUCUUUCUGAAGGAGCGGUCGGGUGAAUCUUGUGUGGGAGGAAAGUUCUCAUUUCUAAACAGACGAGGCGUUGCUGUGUGCACGAAGCUGUAGUCUGGCCAGGCCAGAGAGCGCUAAGAAAGGGUGAGGCAAAAAUAGCACAGGCUGAUUCUGAGCAUGCAGGAAGUUCAUCACUCACCACAGAGUGAGUUCCCAGCACGUGGCAACGUUCUGUGUGCCUCCAGAUUGCGUGUAGCCCUCUGUUGGUCGUCUCUGUGGGCUGAUGCAGGGCCAGAGCUCCCGGUGGCUGAGUUCCUCCAUUCUCAGAGCAGACAGCAGAACUGCAGCCGUGGUCCUGCUCUGCCCCUUGACUUCACCAUCAGCCCUACAUCCAAGCAGGGACACGUUCUCAAUUGUGAGCCCAGAGAAAACGUUUUGUGGGGCAGAGGAGUGGGGAGAGGCGCUAGUUUACUUCUACUGCAAGGAAUGAAACUGCAGUGCUGUUUCCUUGCGGUGACAACGGCAGCGAUAGUGAGUGCAAAGAAGUUUUCUGCUGUUGGAGUUCUGCAGGUGAUGGAGAGCUGCACUCAAGGCUUUGGGUUGUUUGCAGGCUUCUCACUGCUGGGAUGCUCCCUGGAGGGUGAGAUUGGGCUGAGAAUGCAGUCUAAAGAGUAAAGGAGCAGUGGGGAUAUGUGUAAAGCACAGAAGAGAUGCCCUGCCUGGCGCAGAGAGGUUGUAUUUGAAGGGAUCUUGUAAACAAGAUGGACAGUGAUUGAUUACACAGUUUGGCAGUGGCAGGACCAAGAGAAAGGUUUUAAAAUAGAUGUGGGGUGAUUAAUGUCAGACGCUGGGAAGACAUUCUUGAUUCAGUGUGUGUUGAGGCACUGGCUGCCCGGAGAAGCAGUGCGUGCCCCAUCUCUGGAGGUUCUCAAGGAUGGAACGUAAGAUUCUAUGAUUCUAUCUAGGUAUAGAUAACUGUAUUAUCUUUAAGGUCCCUUCCAAAUCAAACCUUUCUCUUUUAUGACUCUGUGAAAGACCAGGGGUGGUCAGCAGUCUGGAAGAGACAGAGCAAGGAGGACAGCUGACCUAAAGAGACCAAAGUGACACUGCAUGCAGAAUGAGGCCAUGAUCAGCAAGGAGAUGUGGGGAAAAGAGGGAGAAGGGAGAAGUUUCCUCCCUUCAGGAAACAGGAAACGCGGACCAUGCUGAGGGCUCUACGUGUCCUGAAAUAAAAGCGGUGUCUCUGCUGACGCAGUAGAUGCACCAUAGGCUGCAUCACAGCCUCUCGCUGUGAAUAACUCUCCAUCAGCCGCAGAAGCACCACAGGACACGUCCGAGGCUCACAAGACAAACCUGUGACCAUCUGCACCCAGCUCACAGCAAAGCAGGCGCCGGGAGAAGAGAUCUCCAAAAGAUGUGGGUGCAGAUGGGAUGGGCAACGCCGUGUCCUCGUGUCUCUGCCCUCCUGCUGCUGGUGCUUGGUGAGCUGGGGAGCAGGGAGCCCUGCCUGGAGCAGGAAACCCACCAGUAAUAUUCUUGGAGUGGUGCUGAGGGUGAAGAUGAGUAGGAACGUGUGUGUAGGCAUGUAUGAAUAAUCUGAGAAUGAGGAAUGCUGUCUGAAUUUGAAUUUGAGGAGAUUGCAUCCGGAACUGAAAACACAUCUGGACUGGGCUUAGAUAUGCUGAGAAGGAGAUGGAGGAGAGGCAGUAUGCAAAAACACAGAUGAGAUUGCUCCUACUCCGCAAUGGGGACAUGGGCAGGGACACGUGGGUGAGCAGGACAGUGUCCCUCUAACCAAAACCCUCUCUGUCUCAUGGUGCAGGUACUGGUGGGAGCACACAGAACAUCUGCAGCUCCGGGACUGAUGGUGAGUGUGAGAAUGGGUCCAGAAAAUGAAAACAUCGUGGGGGAGGAGAUGGAAAGAGAGAAAGGAAUCUUUCCCAAUGAAUUCCCAGUGUCCACCCCUGGAGUGCUGGUUGUCCAUGCCUUGGGAUACAAGGUGUUUUUCAACUACUGAUGCUGGUGGAAUCCCUGUGCCAUCUCUCCAGGUGUUUUCCAGGCUCCUGUCCUGUACCUUAACGCAACCAGCGCUCAGGAAGGGGACGUUGUCCUGGCUCAGUGUGUUCUUCAGGACCAGUUUCCUGCUACCCCGAAUUGUCUUCUGCAAGGAUGGGUUGGAGGUGUACAGCAUGAAAGCCCAGGAGGGCAGGGUCAUCAACUCCAUGCUGCUGAGCAUCACUGAGAGAAGCAGUGGGACUUACAAGUGUUUGUACGAGCACAGGAAUGAGAAAAACUGGCCGAGGAGCUCCGUCCUCAGUGCUCCCCGGGACCUGCGUGUCACAGGCCACGUGUCCGGCUCCACGGAAGGGACAGCAACUGCUGACCCCAACAACCAGCAGGCCUCCGCAGUCACUGCGGUGGCAUUGGUGACUGUCAUCCUCCUCCUGUCUGCAGCGGCCUUCUGGACCGUCAAGAAAGGUACCUGCAGGGAGAGAUGCCGAAGGCAGCAGCACGUUCCCAGCCAGCAGAUGGAAGCCACUGACUAUGGAGAACUACACUAUGCCACCGUUGUCCACUAUCAAAGGGACAAGAAAAAUGGCAAAUCACGAGAUACUUUUUCCAGCCACACAUCACACUCUCCUCUCUGACUUCUGCAAACACCUCCCCCUGUUGUGUAGAACUGCAGCCCCUUGUUGCUGCUGCCAGAAUUGCGCGGUUCCUCCUCGGAAGCUCCAGAAAUGGUUCUAUUGGAGGAGUUGGAAGAACAUUUCUGAGAGUUGGAAAGAAAGCAAAGGGGGAAAAUCUUGCCAACAAUUAUGAAGAAGAGGCAAUCAAGCAAGGAAACUCUGCCCCAGAUGUGCUCUUAUUUUUGCUAGCUGUCUCCUGCCUGCUUCCUCCUGCAUGCGUGGCUCCUGGUGCACCUGGAGUCUCCUCGUUCAGGGCCUGCAGGCUGUAGCUGCAGUAAUUGGGCUUUCCUUUCCCCUCCAGCCUCCUGUGAAGCAGAUAAAUGACAGCAGAGCCCUGUAGGCUACAGCAUGGCAAGGGCACUGGGACUGGGUCACGGCCACUGUGUUUCCUUGCACAGGGCUCCUGGGGUGUAACGUGGGGCAGAGAGUAUUUAUGGGCUUUGCUCUCAUGUUACAUCUGGCAGAAUAAGAUUUAUGACUUGCUUAUGUACAUAAUGCCUGCAAUGUUAAUAAAACAUCAGAGAUACACCAGAGUGGGACAUAAUGAUGUGUCAUGCAAAUCCACAAGCUGCACUUUGCUGCAUCAUCAAUCUCAACCACAGUCUUGAAUCAGAGGAAUCACGGAGUGAUGAGCUGUGGUUAUGCAUUACUGCUGUGGCUUCAGGUGGAAGAAGCUCUGAAGAUGCCCAGGCUGGCUGUGUUUUGGUACCUGCAAUGAACCUGAAGCGCAAGGAUUCUGUCACAGCCCUGUGCACAGAAUGUCGCUCUCAGGGUGCAUUCAGAGAGAAUUACACCAGAUUCGACUGGGAAGACUAAGGGAAUCUUCUGUGCCUCUGUGUCACAGACUGGCUUUGUCCUGUCACCGUGUCUGUGACUGAUUAAACAGCAGAACAGAAGUGAAAAUGAAAGCAGAAGCAGCAGCGGGCUGCGCACCCACCUGUGGUCUGAUUCUGUAUGCUUUGAAGCUGAGUGUUUGUUUGUGAAAGGCUCCGUGAGGUUUUGGGGUUUCCUCAUCUCUUGGGCAAUGUCAUGGCAGUUACAGGACUUUACAUGGAGCACAAAUUCCUCAAAACGACAUUGAAAUUUGCUCACACGGGGCCAGAUGAGCCUUAUGUGUUCACAGGUGUGUGCAUCAGGGCUCAUCAGACUCAAACCCUCCUCAUCUAACGAGGAGAAAUGAGCACCUCUGAGACCUGAGCUGAGGCAGGUCAGUGAAGGUGCAGUAUUGCAUCUCAGAAGGAUGAACGUUUCCAGCAUGGGAGGCGCAAGGGCAAAAGCCAACGAACACAAAGGCGAUGAAGUGGGCAGAUGUUUAGAACAAUCUUUACUUCCUGACUGUGAAAUGAAUGACUUCUUGUUUCCUAAUGCACACCCAACCAAUGGAUCGUUGCUCAGAGAUCUUACAGAAUCACAGAAUUGUAGGGGUUGGAAGGGACCUCCAUGAUCAUCGAGUCCAACCCCCUGCCAAAGCAGUUCCCUACAGCAGGUCGCACAGGUCGGCAUCCAGGCAGGUCUUGGACAUCUCCAGAGCAGGAGACUCCACCACCUCCCUGGGCAGCCUGUUCCAGUGCUCCUCACCUCACUGUACAGCAGUUCCUUCGCACAUUGCUGCAGAACUUCCUAUGCUGCAGUUUCCGGCCGUUUCCUCUUGUCCUGUCUCCACUCACCAUUGAAAACAGUCCGGCCUCGCCAUUCUGCCCCCCACACCUUAGAUACUGAUAGACCUGGAUCAGGUCUCCUCUCAGUCUUCUUUUCUCCAGGCUGAACAGACCCAGUUCACUCAGCCUUUCCUCAUAGCAGAGAUGCUCCAGGCCCUUCACCAUCUUCGUGGCCCUCCGCUGGACUCUUCCCAAGAGAUCCCUGUCUGUUUUGUACUGGGGAGCCCAGAACUGGACGCAGUGCUCCAGAUGAGGCCUUACCAGGGCAGAGCAAAGGGGGAGGAUCACCUCCCUCGACCUGCUGGCCACGCUCUUUGCAAUGCAGCCCAGGAUGCCCUUGGCCCUCUUGGCCACAAGGGCACACUGCUGGCUCACGGCCGACCUGUCGUCCACCAGGACACCCAGGUGCCUCUCUACAGAGCUCCUCUCCAGCAGCUCAUCCCCCAACCUGUACUGGUGCAUGCAAUUAUUCCUCCCCAGAUGCAAGACUCUACACUUGCUUUUGUUGAACCUCAUCCGGUUUCUUACUGCCCAGCUCUCCAGCCUGUCCAGGUCUUGCUGAAUGGCAGCACGGCCUUCAGGCUGUCAGCCAAUCCUCCCAACUUU